UGAGGCAGAGAACGAGAAAACUGAUAAAAACGUAACGCAAAGUGUGGAAAUUGCAAAAUUACUGUGAGAGAUGACGAGUUUUCGCAAAAGAACCGUACAGAAGCCCAUAAGAGGCACACGCACUAGUCCGCAUACGGCUCAGGUGAUUACCUCCAGCGGCAAUCCAUCGCUGGACGUAAUCUUAGGCGGCGGUCUGCCCAUAGGCUCAAUAUGCUUGAUAGAGGAAGAUCGCUUUAUGACACAUGCCAAGGUGCUGGCCAAGUAUUUUUUGGCCGAGGGCGUGCUAAGCAAACACGAGAUAUUUCUGGGCAGUCUGGAUGACUUGCCGCGUGAAAUGCUGCGCCGGCUGCCACAGCCGCUGAGCGAGGAAGAAGUGGAGCUGGAGCAGCAGGCGAGCGAACAGCCGGCGGAUAAGAAUGGACUGCGCAUUGCGUUUCGCUACAGCGACUUGCCGCUGGUCAACUCCGAGCAGGCUACCAAAAUAGGCCAUCACUUUAAUCUGAUGGAGCUAAUGGACUAUAUGAUGCUGUGUGAGGCGCAAACCAAUGUGUGGGAUGAUAACUAUAAGGCAGACAUCAACGAUCAACGAGUGAUCAACGAGUACAUAAAGGAAUGGGCCGAGGAUGAUAUAAGCAACUCUUCCAAUUCGCUAGAGCGUGAGGCGGACAUCAACUCCACUGUGGAGGCUGAUGGCGACAUUAGUGUUACUAACAAUAAUAACAACAGCAGCACUGCCACAACAAGCACCACAAGCACAUCGCCAGCUGGCGCACAGCCAGCACCACCUCCGCCACCGCCGCCAGCAGCAGCAUCUGUGGCCGCUGCAAUGGAAACACAAUAUUUCUACAAUCAACGCUAUGGCCGCCUGCUCAACGAUCUGCAGCAGCUGCUGCGCUACGAAAGCUUCGCGCCCGGCAUCAAUACGCAGCAGAAGAGUCUGUGUCGCGUCUGUCUCACCUCGCUGGGCUCACCGCUGUGGUACGACGAUCACUUUGCCGAGGAUUUGCUCAAGUUUCUAACAAUACUGCGCGCCAGCAUACGCAGCUGCACGGCCGUUUGCUUCAUCACCAUGCCCAUGCAUCUGAUUGCCAAAUACGACGCCAGUCUGGUGGCCAAAAUACGUCAAUUGGUAGACUAUGCCAUUGAGCUGGAAUCAUUUGCUGGCUCUGAGCGUGAAACGCAUGCAGCGUUCAAGGAAUACAGCGGUCUGCUGCAUCUGCGCAAGAUGAGCGCCAUCAAUACGCUCGCCGUGCAUAUGCCGGAGACCACGGAUUUGGCCUUCAAGCUGCGCAGAAAGAAGUUUGUUAUUGAAAAGCUGCACUUGCCGCCAGAUCUGCAGGAAAGCACCGAUGCUGCUCAAGCUAGAGAUAUGAUGUCUAUGCCCAAGUGUAUGCCGACUGCGUCAAAUAAUUCCAAUGCCUCCAUGGAUUUCUAGUGCCUAUGUGGCCUUUAUUAUGGCCCCACAACCCCCCCUUAUACCAUUGCCACAAACAUUUUGUUGGUUGUUUCUUUUAAAUUUACUUUAUACUCCACGCUGGCACAAACAAAUCCAAAGUGUUGCAACUGAAAAUCAAAAGAACACACAUUUUGGCCACAAUGCAUGCUAAAAGCAUCAAAAACCUAUAUACAACUAAAACAAUUACAAUAUAAACGUAUAUUUAAAACAUACAAGCAAG